AGGCUGUCUUUGCUGACGCAGCAGAUGGGCCUCGUGCAGCAGCAGGCGCAGCGAGUCGUCGAGAAGGCCGAGGGCCGCCUGGCCAAGCAGGCGAAGCUCGACGGCGACAUCACCAUGGUCACGAGCACAGCCCUCUCUUCCGAGUACGACGAGGGAGCCAAGCAGCUGCUGAGCAUGAUCACGACAAACGACAAGGCGGCGGCGCUGGUGGCGCGCGACCCGCCGGCCUGCGCGAGGCUGUCGGUGCUGGCGGAGCAGGUCGGACUGCUGCAGGAGCAGGCGCAGGCGUGCAUCGAUGAGGCGGACUUGAACCGGCACCUGACGGAGCUCGGAGCUUGCAUGCCCGGCACCCGGCUCGUACCUGGGACGAUGUACUACCACUACACGCAGAACGGGAAGGAGGUGCUCUCGCGCAUUGCCCACGACGAGUGGGCCAACUAUGACGAGUACCACGGCAAGUUCUUGUACGACUUCGACUACACCUUUCGCAGGCAGAUCGGCACGCCGAGCGGGAUCGAGGUGAUCACACAGGCGCUGCUGCCGCAGCUCACGGACAAACGGGCAGCGGCGUCGGGGGACGAAGUACACGUCCCGAACGUGCCCGAGACGCCCGCUGUCGUGUGCCCGGUACUCUCGCGUUGGUAGCUCUUCCCUCCACGGUGUCGCGUGUGUUGGCCGGCCAGUGUUGCAAGAGAUCGACGUGUCUCCUCAGCUGAGCCGGUACCACAGUAUACCACAUGAGAGCUAAUAGUGCGUUUGGUGUG